AUGGGCCUUUUCCAAGAGAACAUAGAGGAGGAGAGAAUGGCAGCCAGAUGGCAGAAGUCACUCAAGUUUAAGGAUGUGGCUGUGAAGUUCUCAAAGGAUGAGUGGAAGCAACUGGUUCCUACUCAGAGGGAUCUUUACAGGGAGGUGAUGCUGGAGAACUAUCAGGGUUUUGUUUCUCUGGGACUUCUAGUUCCUAAACCUGAUGUGAUUUUCCAGUUGAAGAGAGGUGAAGAGCCAUGGAAACUUGAUUUUCAGGAAGGUGAAGAAAGUGAUGUCCCAGGAAGCACUUUUCUAGACCAGAAUGCUAGACUUGAGAGCCAGGAUUCAACUCAAAGGCAGGAUGUUUCUAAAAAAGCAAAGUCACAAAAGACAUUAAUGGAAACACUCAGAAAAGAUGGCCCUCUGGGUCCUGUACUUGGCCCAGAAAACCUUGAGGGCACCAAGAAAGAACAUCUUUCAGGGGAGACUUUGAAGAAAUCCUCCCCCAAGGAAGACUCGCAAAGAUCCACUCCUGCCAAGAAAACCAACAGUAAGGGGAGAAACCUUGAAUGCAGCAUAUGUGGGAAGACCUUAUAUAACCACUUAUCCCUCACUCGUCAUCAAAGGACCCACACUGGAGAGAAACCCUAUAACUGUCAAGAGUGCGGGAAAGCCUUCAGCUAUAGAAGUAGCCUUAAGAAACACCUGAUAUCUCACACUGGGAAGAGCCCUUUUGAAUGCAAUGAAUGUGGGAAAACUUUCUAUGACCGAUUAACCCUUACCGAACAUCAGCGAACUCAUACAGGAGAGAAGCCCUUUAAAUGUCACGAAUGUGGCAAGGCUUUCUUUGUCCGCUCAUCUUUUACCCGCCAUCAGAGAAUUCAUACUGGAGAAAGUCUUUAUGAGUGUACAGAAUGUGGGAAAUCCUUUAGCCAGAAAAGCAUCCUCGCUCGCCACAAGCUCACUCACACUGGAGAGCGGCCUUAUGAAUGCACGUGUGGCAAAGCCCUGUUUGACCGCUCCUCCCUCAUUCGCCACUGCAGAGCACACACCGGAGAGACCUGUUUUGAAUGUAAUGAGUGUGGGAAAGUUUUCUUUGACCGCUCAUCCCUUAAUCAGCAUCAGAAAAUUCAUAGUGGAGACAAGCCCUAUAAAUGCACUGAAUGUGGGAAAGCCUUCCUCCAGAAGAGACCGCUUACUCAGCAUCAGAGAGUGCACACUGGAGAGAAGCCCUACGAAUGCAGCGUGUGUGGGAAGGUGUUCAGUUGCAAGUCCUCUAUCAUCCAACAUCAGCGACGUUAUGCCAGGCGGGCUUCAGACUAUCACAGAGGUGCUUCAGCCCAGCAAGGGACCCCCACAGGAACUUAAGCCACUUUUGUGCAAGAGAGAAAACUCGCUACUUUACUGUGGAAGAUACGUGAGACCAUGCACCAU